AUGGCAUGGAACCAAGAUGCCGCGGCUGAGGAGAGGAGGGUGGCGGAUGAGGAGAGGAAGGUGGCUUUGGAGGAGAGGAAGGUGAGCAAUGAGGAGCGAACUAGAUUGUCGGAUUGGGAGAAGCACUUGUUCUUCUUGGACACAUCUAUCCUCAAUGAGGCACAAAAGGAGUGGGUCAAUCUUGCCCGUGAAGAGAUCUUGAUCCAAAAAAGAGCCAUGAUUCGCGCAGUGGGUGGCGGUGGCCUUGGCGCCAUGGGAGGCAUGGGUGGCUUCGGAGCUACCAUGGGCGGCAUGGGUGCCAUGGGUGGCUUUGGAGCUACCAUGAAGACCAUGGGAGGCAUGGGUGGCUUUGGAGAACCUCCCGGCGCCAUGGCCAGCAUAGGAGGCAUGAGUUUUGCGUCUUUCAUGGGAGGCAUGGGUGCACCUCCGGCCGCCAUGGGCGGAAUAUUUUCCGGUGUGCCUCACACCCCUUCCCAUGAAGAUGUCGUUGAAGAUCUUGCCAACACCGUCCGAGCUUUACGUGAUGCGGUGCGCGACAAUGAUAAGGAGGAGGAGGAAGAAUCGUCUUCGGAGGAGUCGGAUGAAUCGGAGGAAGAUGAGGACGAAGACGAGGACGAGGCUUGA